GACACGUCCCUCAUUCGCGAGCGUCACGUCGCGUUUGUAUGCGUCACGCGCGUGCGUUCAGUCAGCGGUUUGAGUGAAUGCGGCUCUCUGUGCGGGACAGCCUUAUAAUGAACGCUGCAAACCGCUUUCGCGCACUCAGUCACGGGACGCGGUGGAACUUUACGUCCCUCUGCCGAUGAAGUGCCAAAGCGGCCCCCCGAAACUCUUCCUCCAGCUGUAUUUGCCUCUAAAAGCGCGUCUGAAUUAGCUCGGCCAUGGCGACGCGGCUCUCGGACUUGUUUGGAAACAGCCGGAUAGUUGCUGGGCUGCUGGUCAACUUGCUGUCGUCGAUCUGUAUAGUGUUCAUCAACAAAUGGAUCUACGUGCACUACGGCUUUCCCAACAUGACCCUGACGCUCAUUCAUUUCGUCGUGACAUGGCUGGGGUUGUUCGCGUGCCAGAAGAUGGACGUGUUCUCCCCCAAGAGUCUCAGACCUUCGAAAAUCGUCCUGCUGGCGCUGAGCUUCUGCGGGUUCGUGGUUUUCACCAACCUGUCUCUCCAGAGCAACACGAUAGGAACCUAUCAGCUGGCCAAGGCCAUGACAACACCCGUGAUCAUAGUCAUCCAGACCGUGUACUACAGGAAGACGUUUUCCCCGAAGAUUAAACUGACUCUGGUGCCGAUCACUUUAGGGGUGAUACUGAACUCUUACUAUGAUGUGAAGUUCAAUCUUCUGGGGAUGAUCUUUGCCACGCUCGGGGUCUUCGUAACCUCGCUGUAUCAAGUGUGGGUUGGCGCCAAGCAGCACGAGCUCCAGGUGAACUCUAUGCAGUUGCUGUAUUAUCAAGCACCCAUGUCUUCAGCAUUUCUCUUGGUCCUGGUGCCUUUCUUCGAACCCCUGACCGGAGAGGGCGGUAUCUUCGGCCCCUGGUCCUUUCAGGCCCUGGUCAUGGUUCUGCUGUCUGGUGUUAUUGCCUUUCUGGUCAAUCUGUCCAUUUACUGGAUCAUUGGGAACACGUCCGCUGUCACCUACAACAUGUUCGGACACUUCAAGUUCUGCAUCACGUUGCUGGGCGGGUACGUCCUCUUUCAGGACCCCUUGUCCUUAAACCAAGGUCUGGGCAUCCUCUGCACCCUCAGUGGCAUCCUGGCGUACACCCAUUUCAAACUGGCAGAGCAGGAGGAGGGCAAGAGCAGGCUCACGCAGAGGCCGUAGGAAGCCAGCGUUCUUCAGGAACAGGCAGCGAUGAAGAAGACUUAACCAAACACAGACUGGAAGGAAUCGGAGGCCUCGAUCAUGGCAUUUCAAUCUUUUUAAGAGUUCCAUUUUUAUUCCAAGCAUUCGAUAUUUGCAAAAAAAAAAAAAGAAAAGUGCUGUUUGAGAGAACACCUAUUUUCUUUUUCUUUUUUUUUUACUUUGUAAGUGUUAUUUAAUGAUGUAUUUUUCGAACGGUCUGUACAAAAAUAAAGCAUUUUAUAGAAAGUAGCCCGUGAACGGAAUCUAAUCUUGUAUUGAGUCUCGUCGUGACUUUUAGGACAAGGGUCACUGCCUGCUUGGCAAACAGACUUGAGUAUCUGUGAAAUGGUAUGUCGGUCAUUCGUUGAGUUCGUGAUGAGGGCUUUUCAGCUUGUUUUCCUCUUUUGCAACGAGCCGCUUAAACAUCAGUCACAUUCCAAAGUCCUGUCUCCAGACCAAGUCUAGAUGUUUUGCGGCUUUGGUGUGAUUUUUACUCAUUUUGAAAAGGAUGUGGUAAACAGAUGCUGCCGUUUGUGCCUCUUAAAGACGCGUUUCGCUCAAAAACCACCUGUUUCAUGUAACAUAUGUUUUGAAUUUCUAAAAUGUUUUAUUCCCCAUGCAAUUAAAUUUGACAUCCCUUGAAUUGGAAGGAGACUUCUUGUCUCA